AGUUACCAUGACUACAGUUUUGAAGACCUGCAUAGGGAUGCUGCGUCCUGGUUGUCUUGGCAGACUCUUGACAGCAUCAAAUGUUACAAGGAAUAUGCCGGCAUACCACCCCAAACUACAAACUAUGUUAGGCGUCCGUGGCAGUUACGCCACCUACAGCUCCGUAACAGAUCAUAACACCAUCCUGUCAGAAGUCAGAACUAUCAACAGUGUCAAACCUACCAAGUCCACUGAUGCCGGGAAGAAGGCAUCCCUAGUUAUUUUCGACAAAGACGGCACCUUGGUAUGCUGUCAAACAACGUGGGUCCCAUGGUCAAAGAAAAUAGCCUCCAAGUUGGUUGAAGCGACCGGUCUUGAUAUUCAGGAGAAAGUGUUUAAAGCGAUCGGAUUCUGUAGUUCAUCUGACCGAGUUGUCUCGGGCUUGUUGGCAGAGGGUACAACUAAAAUGGUCCAAGAUGCUGUAAUUGACGUUCUCAAACAGGAGGGUGUGGAUAAGGACAAAUGUCACGCCAUUGUACACGACGUCUGGGAGGAGGGACACGGCAUUUAUAAAACCAAAUCUUUGGCAGAUCUAAAAACAUUGUUUAAAAUUUUGAGAAGACACAAUAUUAAGAUUGCUGUUUGUACGUCUGACCGUAGGAAAGGAACUGAAGAAAUUCUGGAAGAAUUCGGAAUCCACAGUUUAAUUGAUCAAAUCGCAUGCGGUGAUGACCCUGACAAUGUUCCAAAACCUGCUGCUGAUAAUGCUGAAAGGAUUUGCAAAAAUCUUGGCGUGAACCCUAAAGAUACUGCGAUGGUGGGAGAUACCCAGGCGGACGUGGGAAUGGGAGAGGCAGCGCGGCUCGGCUGGAAUAUUGGUGUACUGAGUGGCACAGGUCAGACAAGUGAUUUGUAUCCAGCUGCUAGUCAUGUGAUCGAAAAUGUUCAGGAUAUACUGCCUCUCAUCCUACCGGAGGAUCAAUGGAGGGAGUGCUACGCUUACUCCAAUGACAAAAGAAUCUUGAUCGAACCAUACUCUCUGGAAUCUUCAAAUUCAGAUGAGUAUGCUAGUGUUGAAAAUCAUGUACCGACUGUUUCCUUGAUCAUCUUAGAUCUCCAUGGUACCAUCCUCUGUGCCCACAGCAAGUACAGCGAAUGGACGGACCAAAUCUGCUCAAGGUUAGAACAGGCGACUGGUCUUUGUGGUCUGCGAUCAGAAAUUCAUCAGAGGCUUGGAAUAUGUGAACAAACAAGUAAAAUAAAGGAUGGGCUGUUGAAUGAACAUGGAACCACUAACAUGGAGGUGAGGUCAUCACUAGUGGAGAUGAUCCAUAAACACUUGACAUAUGAGGAGUCUUUGAUGGUUGUAAACAAAGUCUGGCAGGAGUGUGAAUCUACGCUUCUUCAAGAACCAAAAUCACUUCACAAGGACAUCAAACAAUUCUUCAAAACACUAAAGAGAAACGAAAUCAAAAUAGCAAUAUGUACUGGAGAUAAGCGAGAACUUGCACUGUCAGAUUUGACAAAUCUUGAUGUGUUGAAAUAUGUUGAUAUGAUGAUCUGUGGAGAUGAUCCACACUCUGUCUCAAGGUCUCCUGAUCACAGCACGCACCUCAUAUGUGAUGAACUCAAUAUCAGUCCUGAGAGAACUGUCAUAGUCGGUGAUUCUAACAAAGAUUUUUCUUUUGUUAAAUCAACAAAGGUACAAAAGAUCGGAGUGUUAUCAGGUGUAGGGUCUGCAGAUGACCUGAAGUGGGUCACCGACUUGGUGGUACCUACUCUAGAUCAUGUGAUUGAUCAUAUUUUAAAAGAUCCACAAGCCCGUAAACAAAUAUCCCCAGCUGGCAUUCCUUCGAUCAGGAAGCCCCAAGGUAUCAAUGGCCAGUGUCGAUUGUUCAGCACCAAGCCACGAGCGAAACAACCAACCAGUUUCACCAGUACUGUACAGGUGAGGAAUGCCUCAACGGUAUCUGGGGCUGGAUCCACCUACGAUUACGUCAUCGUUGGUGCAGGAUCAGCUGGCUGUACUCUCACCAAUCGAUUGUCUGCAGAUCCUAACAACAAGGUGUGUGUUCUGGAGGCUGGUCCAAGAGACUACACCUGGAAGAUCCACAUGCCUGCUGCCCUCAUGUACAAUCUUUGUGAUGACAAGUACAACUGGUACUACCAUACCGAACCAGAGCCUCACAUGAAUAACAGGGUCAUGUACUGGCCACGAGGACGAGUCUGGGGAGGAUCAUCUUCGCUCAAUGCCAUGGUCUAUAUCCGUGGUAAUGCUGGUGAUUAUGAUGGAUGGGAGAAGGCUGGGGCAAAGGGAUGGUCAUAUGCAGAUUGCUUACCAUACUUUAAAAAAUCUCAGUCCCAUGAACUUGGGGAGAAUGACUACAGGGGAGGUGAUGGUCCUCUUCAUGUGUCACGAGGAAAAACCAACAACCCACUGCAUCAGGCCUUUAUAGAAGCAGGUCAGCAGGCUGGCUUCCCGUUUACAGACGACAUGAACGGCUAUCAACAGGAGGGUGUAGGUUUGAUGGACAUGACCAUUCACAAAGGCCGGCGAUGGAGUGCUGCUAUGGCUUACCUCAGGCCAGCUUUAAAACGUGACAAUGUGACAGUGGAAUCAAAUGCCCUGUCCACGAGGAUUGUAUUUGAGAACAAGCGAGCCGUGGGUGUAGAGUAUGAACAGAAGGGUGUAAAAAAGAUUAUCAGAGCGGAGAAGGAGGUGAUUUUGAGUGGAGGAUCAAUCAACUCUCCUCAGCUACUCAUGCUGUCGGGUAUAGGUAAUGCAGACGAGCUGAAGGCACUGGACAUUCCUGUAGUUCAACACCUUCCUGGUGUCGGAGAAAAUCUCCAAGACCAUCUUGAGGUGUAUGUACAGGAGGCAUGCAAGCUUCCAAUCACUCUUUAUUCUGCUCAGUGGAAAUUCCCUCACAAUAUGAUUCGGAUAGGUCUACAGUGGUUUCUGACUCAGAAAGGAGAUGGAGCCAGCGCACAUUUGGAGAGUGGUGGGUUUGUCCAUAGUGAAGAAAGUCAGGAAUAUCCCGACAUUCAGUUUCACUUCUUACCUUCUGUUGUGAACGAUCAUGGGCGUAAAAAUGGCGAUGAACAUGCAUAUCAACUGCAUGUGGGAUAUAUGCGUGCUACAAGCAGAGGGUACGUCAAGCUGAAAACCAAAAAUCCAAAAGACCAUCCGAAGAUUGUAGCCAACUACAUGUCUACAGAAUAUGAUGUGAGAACAAUGAGGGACAGCGUCAAAGCUGCAAGGAAAGUGUUUAAACAGAAAGCGUUCGAUCCUUUCCGCGCUGGUCGAGAGAUAAUGCCUGGAUCUAAUUGUCAAACAGACGCUGAAAUAGACGCCUUUGUUCGGGCUUUGGGAGACAGUGCCUAUCAUCCAUCAUGUACAUGUAAAAUGGGAGAUGAGAGUGACCCGAUGGCUGUGUUGGAUUCUCAGACACGUGUUUUAGGUGUAGAUAAUCUUCGAGUAGUUGAUGCCUCUAUCAUGCCAAAUGUUAUUACUGGGAACCUGAACGGCCCGACAAUAAUGCUGGCUGAGAAGGCCGCUGACAUUAUUCUGGGGAACAAACCACUGCCUCGGUCUAAUGCUCCUGUGUAUAAAUGUAGUAAGUGAGAGAACAUUUGUAUCUGGUUAUGCACGAAAUUAUUGAUGGUAAUAUAUAGUUGACAGGAAAAAUGAUAAUGAUAAAAAAGAACAAAACAAAAACAAAACAUGAAGCUAAUACGGGCUAACAGAGAUAUCCCCAGCACUCUGAUUUUUAUAUCCAAGCGAAGUACACAAUAUUGGAUUCAAUGUGAUGUGUUCUGUAUCAAUGU